AUGACCAGCACAGAAAUCGCAGAAACAACUACAACAGUUGAAACAAAUGGCGAAAAAUAUGAAAAUCUAUAUGAUAAAAUUGUCGGACGACUUGAACCAUUAUCAGCUAUUAAAUUUGCUGCUUAUCGUGUAGCAUGUAAACUUCGUGUAUUACAAAAAUAUCUCAAAUUAACUUAUGUUGAUUACAAUAUUCUUGUACGAGCAUUUAAUACUCAUCAAUUACAUUUUGGCGUUGAAGCAUCAGUAAUAACAAAUGAAAAUGCUCGAAAAGUUUUAACAGCUAUCUAUCAACUUAUAUCAUCGUAUCAUUUCAAUGAAUCAUCUAUGGAUGAAAUAAUCGAUACAUUAUUAAGAUUUCUUUGUGAAAUUCUUCAUAUACAAUUGAAUGAAGAUUUUGAUCUUAAUUCAUUUAAAAUAAUUUUAUUUGCAUUAUCAAAUGCAAAAUUGCCUGAAAAGUAUCGAUGUUUUUUUCGACAAAUCACUUCACCAAAUGUAAUCGCAUCACAAGGGAAACUAAAUGAAUUAUUUGAAAUCCUACUAAAGCUUCCUAAUCAUUUUGAUAAUGUUGAUUCAUUUCAUGCGGAUAAUAUUCCAGGUUGUGUUCAAAGUUGUCUUGAUCAUACUCAUGAUGGCAUUAUUCGUGAAGAUAUAUUUGUUAAUUGGAUGAGUCGAGAACCACAAACACUAGUAUGGUUGCCGACAUUACAUCGUUUAAUUGCUACCGAAACAGUUCGACAUGAAGCACAAUGUGACACUUGUAAAGCCUAUCCUGUUAUUGGCAUGCGAUAUCGAUGUCUUCGAUGUUUUAAUUAUGAUCUUUGCCAAACUUGUUUCUUUACGGGUGAUCAUGCUAGAAAACAUGAUGGAACUCAUCCGAUUGAAGAAUAUUGUAAACAAGUGACACCAUUUGAAGAUUUAAAAGCAUUUUUGGAGUUUAUUAAACUUAAAGUUGGAAAACGUGAACUUCGAAGAAAAGAACGUUAUCUUACAAUUGAACGAUCGAAAUCAUUCUCUGAUACACAAGUCAAUUCAUCAUUGAAUAGUUCAAGUCAUCUCAUGACGAAUGGACAUCACUCAUUGAAUCGUCAAGAACAAUCAAAUAAAAAAGCUCAGAUCAAAGAUAUCUAUCGAGCGACUCCAAAGGGUGAAUCGAAUGGAACAUCUGCAUUAAUCAAUAAUCGUGACAAUGAUGAUGAAGAAACAAUGCCACUAACUGGCUAUGAUAAUUAUCCUAUUGAACCAGAGAAGAAGAAAAUAUCAUCACAAUUGAAAAAGAAAUUAACCGAUGAUGAACCAUUAUUAGAAAAACAUCGUUCAUUAUCUCCAAUAAAGCCGAAAAAAUCAACAAAUCAAGAUAUCAAUUAUGUUAACCUUAAACAAAAGAAGAUUUCUUCACUCAAACAUACACAAAUACCAGAUGAUGAUGCACCAAUUCUUAUGCCUAAACAACAUACACCAAUUAAAAAAUUGGCAUUAAUAAAACAACAAAAACUUGAAACAAUUGAGUCAGAACUUUAUCAAUUACCACCCAAUGAUCACGAUGAUAAUUAUCAACCACCAUUACCACCCAAACAACGUCAACAAAAUAAUACAUCUCGUGCAUUGGUUUAUGAUUUUAUUGGAAGUGAAUUACAGGAAUUGCGCGUAGCACUUGCUCAAUUCGAUGGAAACCCAUCAAUUGCUUAA